AUGGUACAUUUAGUAAAUAAUGAAAUAAAGAAUGAAUUAAGUGAUCAUGAUGAUGGUGAAUUAAGAGGUUGUAGUGGUAGAUCAAGAGGUCAUAUUAAUAAACUAAGAGGUUAUGGUGGUAAAUCAAGAGGUCAGGUGGUAGAUCAAGAGAUCGUAGUAGUAGAUCAAAAGAUCAUGGUAGAGGUCAUAGUG